ACGCGGUUUAUUUAAAAUAAGUAUGAAUAUGAACUGAAUUUUAUUGCUAAUGUCGACUCCAUAGCUCGCUAUUGCUUAUGUCGACUCCAUAGCUCGCUAUUAGUCUUACCAUGUGAUAAAAACUCCGAUGCCUAGUUAUAAGCCUCGUGUAAACAAUGCAUCAGGAUGACAGUUCUUAAGGUCACGCUACACUGGUUCCGCCAUCUUGCAUCUUAGCUACCUGCGUCGCAUAGCAACGCGUGGCCAGAUGUUAUAAUAUACUUAUCGAAUGCACCUGGCGCCAACCUGCAGGCUUCCAUUUAUUGAAAAUCUUUUUUGGUUACGCAUCUGGCGUGGGCCUAAAAAUAUAAGUAAAGGCGAUAUUUUUACUUAAGUUAGGUAAGCUGAUAUACAAAAAUUUUAGUAAACUGUAUUGAUGAAGAUUGACAAAGGUUAGGUACCUUAUAUGUAUUAACUGGGAAAUAUAAAAGAGAUCGAGGCUGAGUAUUUACAUACAUCUGUGAGUUUUUAAUGAAUUAUUACUUUGUUUUAUCUAUAAAUUAUGUCAUGAAAACAUAUUCAUUAUUUUUUUUCCUAAUUAUCUCGGACAUCCGCAAUAUAAUAAUAAAAAAAGCAAUAGAUGAUUGAGCGUGAUAUUAUGGCUAGACUACUUAUGCUCAGUAGCCUGUAUUUUUAAUUCAGAAAAAUAUCACAUGACAGCUGACAAUAUUACAUCCAAAACCGUAUCAUAAUAAGAAAUUAGAAUCAGAAUUGGGUAACAGGUAAUCUCUCGUCUCAUCCGUAUUCCUUCCGCCUUCAUGCAUCGCUCGUGUACAUCGCACAUGAUAUCCUUUAAUUACCUUUCUAUACUUGUAAACAUAUGCAGCAUCACUUAGCGGGCCCCGGCACCAACUCCCGCGCAUCUUUUUUAUCCAUUCUACAAUCGUCGGAUAAAAUCACCUUAAAACCUAUGUAUCAUUAUCGUUCCUAUGUAUAGGUAUAGACAAAAGAGGUCAAUUUGCACUUACAUUCCAAUCAAUAUGAUGUAAUUUUGUUAUCAUUGCGCCCGAGCGUCUCGCUGGAACACGAACAAGUACGAGAGGAAUGCACCCGCGUAUGAUAGCAAAAUUACGUUAUUUUGACAUUGAAAUGUUUCGAUUUGGCCCCACAAUACAAUCCGCAUUAUCAGUGCAGAUGAUGACGUCACGGGGUGCAGGUAGCGCCCGCGCGUCGGCAUCAGCAUGCUCUCGCGCAUCAUUUCUUACCAUCUGUCUUGUAUCGUACGCCGCGCGAUCCGAACGUACAGAGCUUAUCUGUUACAUGAAACCUCUCAGUAUAUACAAAGUUUGAUUAUUAGUUUUAAAAAAUUGCGGAUUCUAUUAUUUGUGUUAAAAAAAGUGAAUGUAAUUAGAUAGUUUAUUGCUAGUGAUAAGUGUUAUUGAUAAUAAAAUGACGCAAGCGAGAGGUUGACGGAAAAUGGUAGUUGGUCGCGAUGGCGCCCGAUGCCGACGUCGAGGACCGAGCGGGCUACAGACCAGUACCAGUGCAUGUGCCGCGAGGGACUCCGAGGCGUAUAGCCCCUUCUCGACCUGCUGCGACUCGAGCCUGGCUCGAACGGGAGACCAGAAGCCCUGGCGAGCACCGCCGACUCCUCGACUCGCCACCGAGCCCGAAACUCCAAGCCGGCCUCACGCUUGGAGUGUGGGAUGUUGUGAAGAAACAGAAACACGUCAAGCCGAUAGAAGAAAAGCCGAAAGUUAAGACGAAGUUUCAGAAGAGAUCGGAGAAGUUGUACGCUGUUCUCAAACCGCCUUAUUUUAUACUCACCGUUAUCAUUAUAAUCGUAUCAAUGUACUUGUGGGGCUCGGAGCGCGCGCGCAUGCGUCUGGAGUGGUCGCCGGGUGCGUGGUGGAGGGAGCCGUGGAGACUGCUGUCUUAUGGCGUUAUACAUGCUUCGGCCACGCACUUGGCUACCAACGCCAUCGUUGCUCUUGCGGUGGGCUGGGUGCUAGAGCGUGAGCAGGGCCGCGCCCGCGUCUGCGCGAUAUGGGCGGCGGGGCUGGCGGCGGGCGCGCUAGGCGCCGGAGCAUUACAACCUCGAGUACGCGUUGUUGGAGCGUCCGCCGCCGUCUACGCGUUAUUGACAGCGCAUCUGCCUAACGUGUGCCUUAGAUUCGGCCACAUCCCACUGUGGUGGUUCCGGCCUUUAAGUGUGGUGGUGCUGGCGACAUCAGAGACGCUAAGCUGGGUGCUGUUGCGCACGCCAGCAGAUGCCUGGGCCGUGGCACCAGUGGCCUGGUCCGCUCACGCUCUGGGAGCCGCAGUCGGCAUCCCUGUUGGCUUCCUCGUCUUCUCAGGAGAGAACUCUAAUAAAACACCUAUUUUAAUCGCCAGGUUCAUCUCUGCCUUAGCAUUAAUAGGUGGGACAACUCUAGCAACAAUCCAUUAUGUGUUCUGGCAUGAGUUGGAUACAUGACGCACAAUUAACAGCCUUAAAGAGGCUACUUAAAGUGCAAUUUCCUCCGUCCGCUAUUACAUAGCUUUCGAUGGAAUUUAUACCUUUAUAGGUAGUUAAGAAGUAAGAACCAAAGGAAUGAUGCAGAUGAUCGCAAAAAGUCUUCCUUUACGUGUUGUUAUUGUUAACUUUUUCUAGUUCGUUUCAUGUUGGUAAACAUGGGAAUAUUUGUUGCUGAAAAUGUAUGACUUGAAUGAAUU